GACAUGAGCUCGGUCAGAGAGGAAGGUAAAGACCGAAUCAUCUUUGUCACCAAAGAGGAUCAUGCAACACCCAGCAGUGCUGAGCUCGUAGAGGAAGAUCCUAAUAAUGACCCAUAUGAGGAGCGAGGCCUGAUUCUUCCCAGUGGGGAGAUCAACUGGAACUGCCCCUGCCUGGGUGGGAUGGCCAGUGGACCCUGUGGGACUGAAUUUAAGGAUGCCUUCUCCUGUUUCCACUAUAGUAAGGAGGAGGUGAAGGGUUCUGAAUGCCUGGAGCAGUUUAGGGCCAUGCAGGAGUGUAUGCAGCGCUACCCGGAGCUCUAUCCACAAGAAGACGAGAAGGUGCAACAAGAACAACCAUCUAAAACAGACCAGACCUCACAAGACUCUGCAUCUGCAGGUGCAAACUCAACAUCUGCCACUAAGCAAGACUCUACUGAUUCUACACAACCCUACACAGAGGGCUCAGUGGAAAGCUAAUGAUGAGCCUUUGUGGCAAUGUGAGCCACACGUAACCACGAUUCUAGGAUCAGACCUUUAGGGGGGCUCAGCCCCUAAUGAGAAUGUGAAACGGAUAUAGUGCAUGAAAAAGUGUUGCUAAAUCAGUAAUUUAAUUAGCCGAUAAUCUCUGAG